GCCAAUUCAAGUUCAACUGCUUCAUUAUAAUUUCUUUGCAGAUGAUCAACCACUACUUUCUCCUUUAAUAUCACUUCACCAAACCCAAUAAACCCAAGAGAUCAAAGAAUUGCCACGAAGAUAUUAUGAAGGCUUGUUCCAUUUCCAUGGAGUUCUUCUUCUUCUUCACCAUUAUCUCUUCUUUAUCAAUCCUGGUAAACUCACAGACUGAUUCUUGCAGCGCGAAUUUGAACCUCAAUCGACAGCUUCCCUUCGAUAUAUCAGCUCUCCAUUGCGCCUCUGUGUGGAAUUCUCACAAUUACAUCCUUCGAUACGUGCAAACAUCUCAGAGUCUGUGGAGCUUCGUCCUCUCAGCACCAGAAGCAAAUUCUUACGUGGGGAUAGGAUUCUCAAACAGCGGUUCAAUGGUCGGAUCGAGCGCAAUCGUCGGUUGGAUAUCGCCGACGGAUGGUACAGCGGUGAUCAAACAGUACUUUUUACAAGAGCGAACUCCAACUCAAGUAUUACCCGACUCAGGCAACCUGAAUAUUACAUAUUCCAUGAUCACAUCUCAAUCGUCACGUUUGUACUUAGCUUUCCAGUUAAGCACCGAUCAGCCGUCUUCCCGGUUGAUUUACUCCCUCGGACCUAUUGGUACGCUGCCGUCGGCGCCGGGUUACCAGUUGACGGAGCACCGGGAUAAGGUUUCCACGGUUUUGAAUUACGUUACAGGUGAGACGGCCAACGAGAAUCCUCAUAGAGGACUAAGAAAGAGCCAUGGAGUACUGAACAUGAUUGGCUGGGGAAUUAUGAUGAUAAUAGGAGCAAUAGUUGCUCGAUACUGCAAGCAAUGGGAUCCUAUUUGGUUCUAUCUUCACAUUGGCAUUCAAUCCUUGGGAUUUCUUCUGGGCAUAGCAGGAAUCAUUUGUGGAUUUCUCCUUGAAGAUCGUCUCAGUGUUGAUGUUUCUACUCAUAAAGGCCUUGGGAUUUUCAUUCUUGUUCUCGGAUCCCUCCAGGUGAUGGCAUUUUUGGCUCGACCAGACAAGUUAUCAAAGGCACGAAAGUACUGGAAUUGGUAUCAUUAUAGUGUGGGGAGGACAUUGAUGGUGUUUGCAAUAGCAAAUGUGUUCUACGGAAUUCAUCUAGGAAAUGAGGGAAGUGGAUGGAAUGCUGGCUAUGGGAUUGUUCUUGGUAUAUUGUUUGUAAUUGCUUUGAUUUUAGAAAUAAGGGUGUGGAUGUCCAAAUAAUUUUCUUAAUUUAAAUUCCUUCAGUAUUUUUAAUUUAGUUAUGUACUGUUUUAAUUUUAUUUUUUAUUAUUGCUAUUGAGGAUC